UGCAGGGUGAGUGCUGGAUGGUGAGUGCAGGGUGGUGAGUGAAGGGUGAGUCCUGCUGCUGCCUCUGGGCCUGGGUGGUGAGUGCUGGGUGGUGAGUGCUGGGUGAGUGCUGGGUGGUGAGUGCUGGGUGAGUGCGGGGUGGUGAGUACAGGGUGAGUGCUUGAUGGUGAGUUCUGGGUGAGUGCUGGAUGGUGAGUGCUGGGUGAGUGCUGGGUGGUGGGUGCAGGGUGAGUGCUGGAUGGUGAGUGCAGGGUGGUGAGUGCAGGGUGAGUCCUGCUACUGCCUCUGGGCCUGGGUGGUGAGUGCUGGGUGGUGAGUGCUGGGUGAGUGCUGGGAUGGUGAGUGCUGGGUGAGUCCUGCUGCUGCCUCUGGGCCUGGGUGGUCUGGGAUGAUAGUGGGGCCUUCCAGCCGAGGGGGCCCAGGAGCUGCAAGCUCGUGGGCCGUGUGGACAGAGGGGCGCACGCACCCUGGAGACAGCCGCAUCUUCCUUCCUCAGGCCUUCCCGGCCGUCUGUGGCCUUCGUGUCCAGGCGCGUCCCUUCCCGUCAUCUCUGCUUUGGGGUGGCUUCUCCAGGGCCUCCCGGCAGAACUGCUCUGAGCCUCAACCCUCACUUUGUUCCUCAGUCCAAGUAAAACGGAACCUGUUCUCUCCUUUGAGAAGGGUUUUGCAGCCCCAGACCAGACCUCGUCUCCCGCCUGGAACAGUGGGAGGAGCCAUGGGUUGAAGACCGGGAGAGACCUGAGCUGCAGGCCGUGCCGAGGGGCCCCCGCGCAGGUGAGUGCCGCCGCGCAGGUGAGUGUCCCCGCGCAGGUGAGUGUCCCCGCGCAGGUGAGUGCCCCCGCGCAGGUGAGUGCCGCCGCGCAGGUGAGUGCCCCCGCGCAGGUGAGUGCCGCCGCGCAGGUGAGUGUCCCCGCGCAGGUGAGUGUCCCCGCGCAGGUGAGUGCCGCCGCGCAGGUGAGUGCCGCCGCGCAGGUGAGUGCCGCCGCGCAGGUGAGUGCCGCCGCGCAGGUGAGUGCCCCCGCGCAGGUGAGUGCCCCCGCGCAGGUGAGUGCCGCCGCGCAGGUGAGUGCCGCCGCGCAGGUGAGUGCCGCCGCGCAGGUGAGUGCCGCCGGCUGCGCUGUGGGUGCCUCCGGCUGUCUGGGCUCAGCUGGGCCUGCGGCCCACAGCCCCUGGGUGAGUGCGCAGCACCGUGCAGCGACCGAGGGUGUGUCCCUCCCAUGGGAGAGGGCACGCACAGCUGCUUUCUAAACUAGACAGGAGAAACGCAGGGGCUGCCCCGCUCCUGCCCCCAUGGACACUGGCCAGGGCCAGGGCUCGCAGGGUGCGGUGGUGCAGGGAGAUGGGAGGGGCCUGAGGGCUGCACCUCGCCACCCAGUGCUGUCCUGCGGAGGCCAUUGGUGUGAGUGACCGCCCGGUGAUGGUCACGUGGGGUCACAGGCCUGGCACUGGCUGCUCGUGAGGGUCUCCAGGUGUAUGGCCCUGGGUCGGAGUUUGCUCCACGUUCCGGUUUGCAAAACUGGGGCAGUGGUCAGAAGGGCUUUGCUUUUUACUUGGGCUUUCAGAGUGAGGUGGAGCAGCUGGCGUGUGGAGCCCCGCGGUGGGGAGGUGUGGGGUCCCUGGGCGUGUGGAGUCCCGGCUGGAGGGAGCUGUGACUCCAAGACUGAGUGGUGGAGAAUCACGUGGAGCUACCUGUCUUCUAGACAACAAUCCGGCCCCACCUCCACCCUCAUAAGUGGCGCCUGCUGAGUGAACAAGGUGCAAGGACAUUCUCUUGGCCCAGUUGCUUCUGUUGGUCGGCAGGCAUGUGUGGGUGCCCCCUCACGUCAGCAGUGCCAGGAGUGAGCGGCCUGCCUGCCACCAGGGCUGGGGAGGCGUCUGGGCUCAUCUGGGUUUCUGCUGUUGAUACUUGCGGCUCAUCUGUGUUUCUUUGAAUGAGUUUUCCUGGUCACGCGUAGCCAUGUGGAAUGAGCUGAGUAGAUGAAAGGGAAUCGAGGCACACAGCAGGAGGGUCCUCUGCGCUUUGCUGGUGGCACCGGCUGGCCUGGCUGUGGGCCUCUGGCUCUGUGUAAGGGUCUCUGUUCCUUCAUAGGGGCAGGGAAGUCUGCAGACCCCAAGAGACACUGGGAUCAUCCAACUCGGGCUCACAAGAAAACCCCCGUGCGGCGAGAAAGAGCCAGGGAAGGAAUCGGCUUUAGGAAGAGCUUCAGGCUGGACGCAGAUGACGGGCAGCUUCCCAGCGCUGCUCCGGAAAAGACAGACCCCACGCCCGCGCCUUUCCCGCGUCAGCUUCUCACGCAGUGCUGUGGGCAGCGGCCGGGCCGCAGAGAGCGCCGGAGGCAGCGCGCGCCAGGGCUGUCGUUCACCUGCGGCACCUGCGGGAAGGCGCUCAGCUGCCACAGCCGGCUGCUGGCCCACCAGACGGUGCACACGGGGACGAAGGCCUUCCGGUGCCCCGAGUGCGGCCGGACCUUCCGGUGGGCAUCCAACCUGCAGCGCCACCGGAAGAACCACACGAGCGAGAAGCCCUUCUGCUGCGAGGCGUGCGGGCAGGCGUUCCGCCUGAAGGACCGCCUGGCUCAGCACCGCAAGGUCCACGCGGAGCACAGGCCCUACCCGUGCGGCGACUGCGGCAAAGCCUUCAGGCCGAAGUCCGACCUGCUCCGCCACCAGCUGGUGCACAGCGGAGAGCGGCCCUUCUGCUGCGCCGCCUGCGGCGAGGCCUCCCGGACCGAGGAGAGCCUCGGCCACCGCCGGCGGGCGCGCAGCGGGGAGGAGCCCUACACCUGCGCGGACUGCGGCGAGGCCUUCCGGUGGCCCAAGGGCUUCGGCAUCCCCCGGAGGCUGCACCUGACGACGAGGGCCUACGAGUGCCCCCGCUGCGGGAAGGGCUUCCGCCAUCUGGGCUGCUUCACGCGGCAUCGGGGGACGCACAGGCCCGGGGAAGUGCUGGGCUGAGGGCGGCCGCGGUGAGGAGCUGCUCGUGCGCCCGAGCGAAGCCGUCCCCGUCCCCACGGCUCCCCAGGCCCCCGAGAAGUUUUACUGGGAAAACCGUCAGCUGGGAGAAGCGGAUCCCUGAGUGUGUCCGAGACGGUGGCGGCCGCGCCCCAGCGCCGGGCACCGUGGGGACGUGCUGAGGGUGUGUACGACCUUGGAGCGAGCCGCACGCCCGCCCGGGCUCAGAGGCGGAGCCGCCGGCCCGGUGCCCACAGCUGUUGGCUCAGGGAUGCCACCCGGCCCCGGGUCGCUGUGUGCUGGGCCUUUCUUCCUGCCUCUGCGCCCCAUACUCGCUGCCCGGUCUGGCUUCACUUCCUGUCUCUGUUUAGGGCGAGGUGAGGCAGCUGUGAGCAUUGCACAGAGACAGAACCCCUCCUGCAGUCUCUGCGUCUGGGCCACAGAAACGAGAGCCUUUGUAGUAGUGAAGGCUCGUUCAAGGACUAGUGAGGGUGCUCAGCUGGUCCGGCAGGCCACCCCCGAGCUGCUUUAACGGCCUCCACCCAGCCCCGCUGCGCAGAGUCUUGGUCACGCACCUGGAAUGGGCAGAUCGAGUUGGGUCUCAGGGCAGUGCGGUGGGGAAGAGGUGACCUCUUUGUUUUAAAUCUAAGAUGUCUGCUUAACCAGCCAGAAAUAAACAUCUACCAGUGGUGGUCCCAAGGGGACACCCCCAUGUUUCAGGUUA